AUGGCCAUUAUCAAUUUCCCGCAGAACUGUUGCAGGUGUUCCCUCGACAGGUUCCUGUUGAAGGAUUUGGACUAUGGAAAUGGGCUGAUGGCGGGACAAAAAUCUCAAGUGUUCAAAUUCGCCGACAAACCGACGAUAUUCUUCUCAUGCAUGAUCCGGUUGGAAUUCAAGGAGAAGUCAAGCGACGAAUGUGCACAUCCUUCACAACACUGUCCUGACCAGAGACAGGAUCCGCUAUCAAUCCAGACACCCGAUCGCGUGGUAACCAGUAUUUCGAAUGACUUUCCAAGACCGCCCACAAAUAUGUCACACAGACAGAUAAGUUUUGAAUCUUUGGUUUACAAUGAGUAA